GGCUACCUUCGUUAAUUAAUACCGAGUAUAUAUUCAGUUGCUCACUAAAAUGAACAUCGCAUUCAGACACACUAGCUGCUUCGAAUAUCCAGCACAAAAAUUAUAACCGGAAAGCGUCUCACCGGAAAAUUCCUAAGAUGUCGUGGCAAACAUAUGUCGACGACCACUUGAUGUGCGUCAUUGAAAACAACCAACUACAAUCUGCCGCUAUCAUCGGUCACAACGGUUCCGUCUGGGCCCAGAGCGACAAGUUUCCACAGUUCAAACUAGAAGAAAUUACUGCCAUCAUGAAUGAUUUUAAAGAACCUGGCUCUCUUGCUCCAAAUGGAUUGUACCUAGGUGGCUCAAAAUAUAUGGUGAUUCAAGGUGAGCCACAAGCUGUUAUUCGAGGAAAAAAGGGUCCUGGUGGCAUUUGUAUUAAAAAGACAGGUCAGAGCAUACUCAUUGGGAUAUAUGAUGAGCCAAUGACCCCAGGCCAGUGCAACAUUGUUGUUGAAAGGAUUGGCGAUUACUUGAUCGAACAGGGCUUUUAGCUAUUCAGGUAGGUCUCUCAGUGGUAUUUUCACCUAAAGUGUCAAAGCGUAAGGUUUCUUGCUCUGGUGGCACGUAGCCGCAUAGUGGUAAAUGCAAUUUGUGCCCCCCGGUUUCAACAGCCUUUUACCCUUCGACUCGAUGUUUCUGCUUGAGGAUGUGAUGAAUGUUAUGUUUUUGUCUCUUUUUGUUGGAUGAUUUUGUCUCUUUUUGUUGGAUGUGUGAUGAAUGUUAUGGUUUUGUCUCUUUUUUCUCUGGUAUUGGAUGCCUGAUUUGAAUGAUGUGCUUUAAAAUGUGAUAUUGUAUAAUUUAAUUUUCAAGCAAUUUGUUAACUAAUGAAAACGUUAUGUGAGGUACCUUGGCAAAGAGAAAUGAUGGUUGUUAAGGUUUGUGCUGGGAGGGGGUAAAAUGAUGGAGGUUUGUGCUGGGGGGGGGGGGGGGGGGGUAGAAUUAUGGUAACCUCGUUGUUUUUGCAUGUCAAGAAAGAAAGAGAAGGGCAUUUGUACCUAUGUUUAAAGAAAGAAAGAGAGCGACCUCGGAAAGAUGACUGGGUCACACGGGUCAACCCUGAUCCGGUGGGUCAUUCUGGUCAGCACACACUGACACACACGCUCAUUUGAAGGGCUUCCGGGUCCAAUUUUUUGAUGAAAUUUUGUGAGCAUAUUUUCCAUGAAGUGUCAUGUUCAUCAAAUUUCAACUUAAAAUUCAAUUGGAAAGUUAGUUAACAAAAUUAUUGAAAAUAACUACAUAUUAUAUGUAUAAAAACUGUCCUUUUUUUUUAAAAACUGUCCAAUUUUAAAAAUUAUUUAUAAAAAACUGUCAAAUUUCAGAUUAUAAUUUGAUCUGAAAUUUGGUAGAUAUAAUAUACACAUCAUUAGGAGUGGAUUCGGGCCGGGCCAAUCGGCCCGGAACCAGACUGACCCGUUGCUGUGUGAGCCCGGCCCGGCCCGGUGAACCGGUUGGUUGCCAGGUUCGGGCCACCCGGCCCGGUGGGAUGGCGG